GCAAAAACAAAAAGUAAAAUUAAAAACAAAUACAAAAAGCAACCAAAAAACAAAUAUCAAAUAAAAAACAACAACUUUUUGUUUCUCGUUGUUUUUCCAAGACGACAACGUUAACGUGUUUUUGUUGUUGCGCUCACUUGUUUCCAGUGCCAGCGCUGCCAGAUCGCGAGUUAUGAAAGCGCAAGCGUCGCCAGCGUCGCCAGCAAGUAGCAACAGCUACAACAACAACGCCACCAACAACUGUUGAAGCACAUUGAAAACUAACUGUAUAUAUUUAUAAAGAAGUAUAUAUAAAUACGUUAUAUUGUAAAUACUAUUUUUGAUAUACAAAACGUUUUACAAACUACAAGGCAAAUAUUGCCCGAGCAACUAAAAUGGAUAACAGCGAACAAAGUUCGAUAAACAACAAUAAUAACAACAACAACAGCAGCAGCAGCAGCAGCAACAGCAGCAUUGCCGCCGCCGCCGCAGCAGCAGCAGCCAUGGCAGCAGCCGCCGCAUUGAGCUUUAACCAACAGGAGCAACACAAGCGACCUGCCAAGGACUCGACAGCAACUGUUGCUGAGCGCCAUAGCAAUGGCAGUGCCAGCAACAGCAACAGCAACAGCAAUAGCAGCGCCUGCAGCCCCAAAAUGGGUUCACGUCGCAUCUUCACGCCGCAGUUCAAGCUGCAGGUGCUCGAGUCGUACCGCCAUGACAACGACUGCAAGGGCAACCAGCGCGCGACGGCGCGCAAGUACAACAUCCACCGGCGGCAGAUACAGAAGUGGCUGCAAUGCGAGCCCAAUUUGCGCUCGUCGGUGGCCAACAAUCAGCAUCAGCAUCAGCAGCAGCAGCAGCAGCAACAGCAGCAGCAGCAUUUGCACCAGCAGCAACAGCAGCAGCAACAAUUG